ACAAAGAAUUACAGGCAGCAUUUUAGACUUUGGGAUUACUUUAUACCGCUCUGGAGGGACUAUCUCUCUCAGCUGGCCUGGGAACGCCGUAGGAUUUCCCCGGAGGAGGUGGUUCGAGUGGCUGGGGAGAGGGAAGUCUGGGCCUCCCUGCUUACUGCCCUCUGUGACCCAACCCCGGAUAAGCAGUCGAAAAUGGAUGGAUGGAUUACUUUAUGACAAAGCACAGCUGUAUGCUUCUACUUAAAAGUGCAAGGACACCUAUUUUUGUAAACACAAAGGUGCGAGCUGCACAGAGAGUAUCUACAGUAUUUUGAGUUAGUUAUGUUUGUAAUUUGAGAAAAUGUACGAGUGUUUAGGGCUGCAAUGCCAACCCAUGUCCUUUUGACAGAAGGUUACAGCUGUGCUUUGUCAUAAAGUAGUCCCAAGUUUAAAAUGUCGCCUGUAAUUCCUUCGUGUUACUUUAUAUUUUCACUUGCAGUCAGUACGAUCAUUUAGGUCACCAAGCAGAAUUAGAAUCUCUACUGAGUGAUUUAAGGACCUUUUUUCUCACAACGCUAGUUGGUCCCAUUCACCUACUGUGUUUUAUGCUAAGCUAAAGCUAAAGGACUACUGCUGGGUCAAGAGAAUGACUGGGCUGGUUAAAAAUAGUUUUAUUCACACUUAUUUCAUUCUGGGAAUAAUGUCAACAGACAAAAUUUCACCUUUGGGUGUAAUGUUGGUUUAACUGGAUUAAAGUGCAUUAGAGUCUGUUGUAAAUGUUAAUAUCUACUUUAAAUAUCUGCAAAGUCAUUGUUACUCCUUGUUUUGGUCCCAGUGGAGCCUGUCAGGCGGGUAAUGAACUUCAUAACAAAAGGUCAGGGCGUGUUAGUGGUUCAGAUGGAUGUUUGUGCUGAUCCCAGUACACAUUUCCUCCUGUAUCUAAUCCUGAUCAUGGCUGCUCCGACUCCCGUGGUGGUCUCCGGGCAGUGGCUGGCUGAGGCCAUCCAGAGCAACCAGGUCGGUCCGAAGCUGGCUGUCCUUGACUGCUCCUGGUACCUACCCAAAGCCCAGCGGAACACCAGGGAGGAAUUCGCUCACCAACACAUACCGGGAGCCUCGUUCUUUGACGUAGACGCUUGCAGCGACCAGAGCUCCCAGUAUGACCACAUGCUGCCUUCAUCUAACUUCUUCUCUCAGUAUGUCGGAGAUCUCGGCAUCGGGAACGACACGCACGUAGUUGUGUACGACACCAGCAGCAUCGGCUCGUUCAGCGCGCCCCGGGUGUGGUGGAUGUUCCGGGUGUUCGGGCACAGUUCGGUCUCGGUGCUGGACGGAGGCAUGAAGCUGUGGCUGGCUGACGGACACCCGGUGACCUCCGAGUUCAGCAAACCACAGAGGAGGGACUUCCGAGCGACCCUGAACGCAUCAUGGGUAAAGAGCUACGAAGAUGUUGUGGAGAACAUCAGGACCAAGAAGGUCCAGGUGGUGGACGCCAGGUCUGCUGGCAGGUUCCAGGGGACUGAACCAGAACCCAGAGAUGAUAUUCUGCCCGGACAUUUUUCUGGCGCCAUCAACAUGCCGUACCCUACCUUCCUGGAUCCCUCUGGGAAGCAUCUUGGAACUGAAGCCCUGGCUAAACUUUUUAAGGAUGCCGGGGUGGACCUAGAGCGCCCCCUUUGGGCUUCUUGUGGUUCUGGAGUCACGGCGUGUCACGUUAUUCUGGCAGCUGACCGGCUCGGGCACCCGGGGGUUCCUCUGUAUGAUGGUUCCUGGUGUGAGUGGUUUAAAAGAUCACCUCCAGAAGAUAUUAUCACCGAGGGCGAGAAGAAGAAGGCGUGAAAGGAAACACUGUGUAGCAAGCAAGAACAUGGGUGUUGUGUAUGGGCUUUAUAAGAAAAGGGGCGAGAUAACAGCAAUGCCACUUAUUGGUUUGCUUCUUAAUAAUGCUGACUCUUAUUUUAAAAUAUAAAAAAAAACACAAAAGUUUGCUAAAUAUGUUUAU